AUGUCAGCACCACGUCGCGAUGGCGACGAAACAACACCGCUGCUAUCAUCAAACUCGCGCACGAGUCACGAUGACCAGCAGGCGCCCGUUCGGAGCGCGACACCGCUGCCGCGCAAGCAGCUGUUCGUGCUGUGUCUGAUGCGCAUGACCGAACCCAUGUCAUUCACGGUAAUCUUCCCCUUCGUCAAUGCGAUGCUGCGCGCCAACCUGCCGGCGUCGGUGCCCGACUCGCAGCUGGGCUACUACGCGGGCGUGGUCGAGUCGGCGUUUGCAUUCGUCCAGUUCCUCACCAUCUUCUUCUGGGCACGCCUCUCGGACCGCAUUGGCCGCAAACCCGUCCUCCUCAUCGGCCUUCUUGGCUCCUUUUUGUCGGUCAACGCGUUCGGGCUCGCACGGACUUUCCCACAGAUGGUCUUGGCGCGGUCCAUCGCGGGAUUGAUGAACGGCAAUAUUGCUAUUCUCAAGAGCGUGUUGGCCGAGAUCACGGAUGAGACCAACCAGGCGCGCGCGUUUAGCCUCAUCCCGCUGUGCUUUGCGGUGGGCAGCAUCGUGGGGAAUGGUCUGGGCGGGUGGCUGGUGGGUGUGGGCGAGGGAGCGUGGUGGAAGGCCCAUCCGUUUUGGCUGCCAUGCGCCGUAGCCAGCUCGUUUAAUCUGUGCGCCAUCGUCCUCGGCAGCUUCUUUCUCCAGGAAACCUUACCCAAGCACAAGCGAACCGCGCACAAAACCGCACAGCGCGCUGGAGCUAAGGACGAGGAUGCGCCGAUGUCGAUUCGGGCGUUGUUGGGGGAUGUGACGAUCCGCCGGAUCCUGUCGACGCAGUUCUGGCUCAACUUUCUCAACGCCUGCCAUGCUGCGCUGCUGCCGCUGUUCUGCUAUACGGCCAUCGCGCACGGGGGGCUGUCGCUAAGCUCGUCGGACAUCGGCUCGAUCCUAGCCACCAAUGGGGCAUUCACCAUCUUUAUCCAGCUCAUCGCCUUCCCGACCCUCGAGCGGAGGUUGGGUGGACCGGCACCCGUGUACAAGCGCGUCACUGCCGCCCUACCCCUCGUAUGGGUCUGCUUCCCCAUCGCUCACAUUGUCGCCAGCACGACCGGGUCCAAGGCAGGCAUUGUGGCCGUGUUGUUGGUGGCGAUCGUGCUGCGCGGCGUGAGCAACAUGUCGAUCGUAUGCUCGAGCUUGCUCGUCAACAACGCCGCCCCCACCCGGGCUAGCUUGGCCACGCUCAAUAGCGUCAGUCAGAUGGCCGGGUGUUUGAGCCGCACCAUCGGACCGACAUUCAGCACCUCCUUGUUCGCCUACUCCACGUCGAAUCAUGUCUGGGCGGGUCAGUUUAGCUGGGCGGUCAUGUGGGCCAUCAGUGCCACGGCCUGGCUCGUCACGCUGCGCAUCCAAGCCCCCGCCAAAGCUGCAUGGCGCAACCAACCGCGCGCAUCAUAG